AUGGAGAACUCUGAAGAACUAUGUCUUGUUUGCAAUGACAUCUCCAGUGGAUACCAUUACGGAGUUCCUUCAUGUAAUGGAUGCAAAACCUUCUUCCGUCGAACCAUAAUGCAAAAACAUAUAUUCGUCUGUCAACAUGAAAAGAAUUGUUCAGUCGACAGAAGUAUUCGAUGUGCUUGCCGUUAUUGUCGAUUUGAAAAAUGUCUGAAAGUCGGAAUGGAUAGGUCUGCUCUACAAGCAUCCAGAGAUCGAAUUGGAUAUACCAAACGAACUAGAAAACCAAAACGAAAAGAAGUUUCCUUCAGCAGUUCCAGUUCAAUGUCACCCCAAAACAUCUUCUACCCAGAAUCUCCUGGAUAUGCUCAAAAGGCAUAUGAGACUUAUUGGAGCUAUGUGGCAAGCAGAGAGAAAGCUUCCAACGAGCUUCGCCUUUCCGCAUACGCCCCAAAGAGAAGUUUGAAAGAAGCCUUAUGUUCGAAAAGUCUACUUAAUGAUCCAAUAUUUUUGAGUAAUCACACGAUAGUGAGCUCACGUCAUACAUACACAGAACUUCGAUUCAUCACACAAAGUGAUUAUCACUAUUGGCACGAAAGAGAUUGGUUUGUACUAACGGAAUAUGCAAAAACAUUCAAAGUUUUCAAUGAGCUUAGUUACAAUGAUAAGGCAGCUUUAGUCCGUCAUGCAGCGAUCACGAUUCCAGCUCUUAACCAAGUAUACAAUUCACCCGAUCACGGACCAGAUACAGUAGUGUUUCCCGAUGGAACUUAUUAUGAUAGAACUCAUGAGCCAACCAGACCAGCUGGAUUGAAUCGUAAAAAGUACCAAGUUUUGGAUUUGGUUUUGAAACCAUUCCGAGAAAUCGAGAUCAAAUUCAACGAGUUUGCUGCUUUUAAAGCAAUCACAUUUUUGAAUCCAGAUGCAGAUGUGUCAUACCUAGCUAAGUUAGCCAUAAAUGAAGAAAGAGUGGCUGUAACAAAACAACUGUAUGCAUUCAUGAUUCGGAAUGAUGGAAUCGAAAAAGCUAUCAAAAGAUUUAGUCGUCUGAUCCUAAUUGGAACAUCCAUGUCAAAAAUGGCAUGUGAAUCAAAAGAAGCUGUUUGGAUAGCUGACUUCUUUGAGAAUAUCGGAUAUACCAGCUUCGCAAAGGAACUGUUUUUCGGGGAAAGGAAUUCAGAAGAAGAAUAA